AUAUCGCUAUAUACCCAGUCCGUUGAAGCAAUUUGUACGCUGUCGUAACGUCAUCAUUGGCACGCUGUAGGACCACCGCGCUAUUCCAUCAACGCGAUUCCGUUGCCAGCAACACGCCGAAGUUCGUCUAUACUUUGUUCUCGGGCCGAACAUUUCUCCCGCGUCGCUAGUUUCGGGUCUUCCUUUCGCGUAGCUUCGUCUCCCUCCGCGUCUAUUUCACGCGCGUCUCGCCCUUUUUUCCUGGCCAUUCCCAAAUUCUAUCAGCGUUUCGAAAAAAACCGUGUGGUUGUUUUUCCUGCGUUGCAAGAAUUACCUGACGUUUUUGCCUAAUCCUUUCCACUCGUUCUUCCUUUCUUAACCCUGUUUUACACCUUUCCUAAUCAGAAUCGACGAUCGAGGAGCGCAACUAGCGAUAAAUUCUUCUCCGCUAGUUACGAUCGACUUCUAACGCAUCCAGGAUGGCUUUGAACCACAAGAUCCUAGCUCGACGAAUGCACUCCCGAUGAGACCCUUGCCGCUCGUGCUUUCAGAUUCGCUGACAUGUAGACAAGUGUUAAACAUCAUGGUGAUCCUUGGUUUCAUGCUAAACUAUAUGCUACGCGUCAACAUGACGAUCGCCAUAGUAUCGAUGGUGAUUCCGAGCAACGAUACUUGGCGGUUGAACGAUUCGAAUAAAUCUGCCACGACCGAGUACUUCGAUCGUGGAAUCGCGGUAAACGUUACCUCACACGAUAAUGGAACAGCGACGAUCGCCCCUAAUCCCGCUACAACUUCGUUCCCCUAUGCGCCUGCACACGAGGAAACGAAUCGGACCAGAUAUCCGUGGAACGAGUACCAAGUGAAUCUCGUGUUGGGUAGCUUUUUCUGGGGCUACAUAUGCACAGAGUUGCCAGGUGGCCGUCUCGCUGAAGUAGUAGGACCUAAAAGAGUGUUUGGAUACAGUAUGAUGAUAUCUAGCGCUGUUACGUUAUUAACACCUCUGUCGGCGACUUAUGGCUACAUCGCUGUCGUCGCCUUAAGAGCGGUGCUUGGAUUCAUGUUGGGAGCUACUUGGCCUGCCAUACAGCCGAUGACCGCAAGGUGGAUACCACCGACGGAACGCAGCAAAUUCGUCUCGAAUAUGAUGGCUUCGUCGCUCGGAGCGGCGAUAACUAUGCCGAUUUGUGGAUUUCUAAUCGCUUACCUCGGUUGGGAAUCCGUGUUCUACGUAACCGGAGCGAUAGGCCUCGUAUGGAGCGUAGCUUGGUUUUUCUUAAUAUUCGAUUCUCCUAGACAACAUCCAAGAAUCACGAUCGAGGAACGCCAAUAUAUCGAAGACUCGAUCGGUUCUACUUCCACGACAAAGGUACGAUCGAACAGUACAUAUGCAUCUAAUUCGAUACCUUAUCUCUCUGUUUUUGGUUUGCAGCGGUUGCCCGUUCCGUGGAAAUCCAUCUUUCUCUCGACUCCCGUUUGGGCUAUCGUGCUGACUCACUCGUGUAACGUGUUCGGUUACUUUACCGUUGUCAAUCAACUACCAACUUACAUGAAGUACAUCUUAAAUUUCAACAUCAAAGAGAACGGAUUAUUAUCCUCCUUGCCGUACCUUGGCAAAUACAUCUUUGCCGUUACAACAUCCUCUGUGGCUGACUAUUUGUUCAAGACGAAGAAAUUGUCGGUAACGGCUAUUCGAAAGAUCUUCACUAGCUUCGCCGUGUUAAGUCCAGGAUUAUUGAUGAUCGUGCAAGCAAAUUACGGAAACGAUCGCAUUACGUCCGUAUCGAUUUUCACUAUUGCUCUGACGAUCAACGGUGCAGUGACAGCUGGAUAUCUGGGGAACAGUUUAGACAUUGCACCCAACUUUUCAGGCACUAUUUUCGGCAUGAUGAACACGCUCGGUUCCCUAGGCGGAUUUCUAAGCAGUUACAUGGUCGGCUCGUUAACCUACAAAAAUCAAACCUAUUCAGGAUGGAGUAUCGUUUUUUGGAUAUUAGGGUGGAUUUAUUGUCUUGGCGCACUCACGUUUACCAUUUUUGGUAGCGGUCAGUUACAACCGUGGAACAAUCCCGAGAAGAAGCAAGUACGAAAACAAAGCAACGUAAUCACCAUCGAUCAUCCGCAGGAAUUCGUUUCGCUAGACGAAAAGACUGUUCCUUGACGAAAUAAUUGAAAAAUAAAACUACAAUCUCAACUCAAAUGUAUGAUAACGUAAUAUUUACUAUGUUUUCAUAAACAAAACGUAUUACCAU